CGGUGGAACUCUUACCAUCGGGCUGCCGACGUUAACCCCUCGGUCCCACCAAUCAAUCCAUCAAUGAAACUGCAGCACCAGCUUCACCGUCUUCUCAUUACUAAACUCAGCUCGCUGCUUGAGACCGUAACGCAUACACACCCGCGCAAGGCUAGGUUUUUAAGGCUUCCCUAAUCCCGAUACGUAUAUCGGAAAGAGUCAAUGACCUAAAUGAGCUCAACUUGAGCUCGUCAACCGAGCAUGUCAGCAAACAAAGCCGCCCGCGUGGGCGAAGAGAUUUGGAAGGGUCGCAUCGAUAAAGUCAAUGCCGAGCUUGUCACCUUGACUUACGGCACCAUAGUCGCGCAGCUAUGCAAGGACUUUGAGGGCGAUUAUGUCGAAGUCAACAAGCAACUAGAUAGGAUGGGCUACAAUAUUGGCCUCCGAUUAAUCGAGGACUACCUGGCCAAAUCUAAUACGAUGAGACGAUGCUCUAAUUUUCGAGAGACGGCCGACAUGAUCGCGAAGGUUGGCUUCAAGAUAUUCCUUAACAUCACGCCGACUGUAACAAACUGGACGAGCGACAGCAAACAAUUCUCUCUCGUAUUUGAAGAAAAUCCAUUAGCCGACUUCGUUGAACUUCCCGAUGACGGCCGAGCACAGGAUGAAUUGUGGUACUCAAACAUAUUUUGCGGUGUUUUGCGAGGGGCGCUUGAGAUGGUUCAAAUGCAGGUUGAAGCGCACUUUAUCAGCGAUGUGCUACGGGGGAAUGACACCACGGAGAUGAGGAUAUCUCUGAUAAGGUAUAUCGAUGACGAAUUACCGCCAGAGGACGAUUAGGAAGCCUAUAAUGGCGAUAUGUAUGAUUAUUAGGGGGUGCGUCCCAGGUCUAGCACAGCUUCCAGCAACCCAUCAGACACAGUUUUGAUAGACAUGAACAAUGAUACCAACUAUAAAUAUCUAACGAGAUAGAACGAUACCGGGGAUUAUUGGGAUAUUGCGGCAUGUUACUUUGGAUUCUUUAUAGUAUGCAUGGCCCGCACCUAGAAGUUUUUGCGUAAAAAGUUACCACCGAAACCAGGUUAUCAUAUUGUAUCUCCUAUUUAUUCGUAG